AUGACCGGCGGCAAGAAGACUUGUAGCAAGAAAGCUGCCGGGAAGAAGACUGCCAUCAAGAGGAGUGGAAAGGAGAACAGAUCGGCAAAGCAGCAGGACAUGAACGCAGCAAAGAAGUGGAAAGAAAAAGAAGAGCUCUCUAAGGCUCGGAAAGAAGCUAAAGACGAACAGCGAAAGAAAGAGAAGAAAGAAGCUCCAAAAAAACCUAAACAGCCGAGGACCGUGCCCAAGAUUGGAGAGAUGCCGGAACUCUGGUGUGGUUCUAUUGAUUUCCAUGGAGCGGAUAACGUUCGAGAGAUGCUCACUAAUCCAGACGGACGCAGGGAACUUGCAAACAACGCUUACAAAGUCCCCCCUCCUUACUUUACCGCCGCUGACGCUGCCAGUCGCCAGAACAUCGUGCGUGUUGUCAGGAGGGAAACGGUGAAAAUUAUUGAGGGUAUGGCCUCAGGUAUGUUUGCCAAAGAUCCCGGUCUCAUCUACCACUUUGUAGAUGUUGCCAACAGGGGAGCCCAUGCACCAUUGCCAGUUGACAACUUUGUGGCUGCGGUGCUUGCCUCUCUUACCGAGUUGGUUCAGAAGUAG